AUGAAAUUGUUUUUAAUUGCACUCUUAUUAUUUGCUGUAAAUGCUGUUGAAGAAGAUGCUUUUGAAGUCAGUGAAACCAAUGACUUUGAAGAGUAUGAAUUAAAUGAUGAUGUUGAUGAACUAAAUGAAGAGGAAGAUAAUGAAGACGAUGAAAUUGAUUUAGAUGAAGAAGAUGAAGAAGAAGAUGAUAAUGAUGAGUAUGAAUUAACAGAUGAUGAUGACGAAGAUAGAAGAAGAAGACGUUAUAGAAGAUUUAGACCAUGGAGAAGACAUCAUCGUAGAAGAUACUUCAGAAGACAUCCAAAGAGAAGAUAUAGAUUAUGGAGAAAGCGCCAUCAUAGAAGACAUCCAAAGAGAAGACAUCAUCACAGAAGACAUUCAAGGAGAAGAGCCAGACCAAUGAGAAGACAUCAUCAUAGAAGAGUGACACACAAGAAUAGAAAAGCACAACUCAAAAGAAGAAUGUUAAAGAAGAGAAUGAGUAAAAGGAAUAUUAUGAAAUUUUUCAAGAGAAAACAAUAUCAAUCUAAAAAAAUAUCUAAAAAACAAGUCAAAAAAGCUGCAAAAAUAUUAUUAAAGAAAUAUUCUAAAAUUUUAGCACGUAAAAAUAAUCAUAAAAAAACUUCUAAAAAACAAAUUUUACAAGCUAAAAAAAUGGUUAAAAAAAUUAAAACAAUUCUUUCAGGAAAAUAUGGAAAAACAUAUUCUGCUGGUAUUAUUUCAGCAGCAGCAAAAAAAAUAAGUAAAGUUAAAUUAAUGGCAUAUAAAAAUAUUGAAAAUUGUUCAUGUGAAGUAUUAAAAGAAAAUAAAAAAAGAUUACAUCGUAUGAGAAAAGAAUAUAUUGAUAUGAAAGAAGAACUCGCUGUAUUAAAAGAAAGAAUUCAAAGUGAAAAAGAUAAAUUUAUGGAUGCUCAAUUAUUUGCUGAUUAUAAACAAAGAAUUGCUAAACUUGAAAAUCAAAAUUCAUUAAUUUCUUUAUCAAAUAAAAAAUGUCAAACACAAUUAAAACUUGCAGGUAAAAAAACUCAAAUUAUUCUCACUAAAAAAGCUCAAAAAGUUAUCUCUAAAGCUAAAAAAAUUGCUAAAAAAGCAAUUUUAAAAGCUGGUACUAAUAUUAAAGCUAUUAAAAAAGCUCAAAAAAUAUUAAAAAAAACUAUUUCUAAAGUUGUUUCUAAAAAACAAGCUAAAAAAUUGACUAAAAAAGUCGUUAAAAAAGUCCUUAAAAAAGAAAAAAUGCCAAAGAAAUUAUUAAAUAAAAUUGUUAAAAAAGUAAUGAAAUCUCAAAAAGUUAUUCAAAAAUCUCAAAAAAAGACUAUUAAAAAAUGUCAUUUAAUUAUGAAACAUUUAAAUCAAAAAGUCCAUACUAUUAAUGUAUGUGCCGUUAAAUCAGGUGCUAAAUGUGUUCAAGACCAAGCUUUAGUUAAUCGCUUGACUGAUAAAAUUUAUAACAAUUUAGUUAAUGGAACUAAAAACUAA